CAGAAACCAACCGUUUUGGAGUGUAUGGCUAGUUCAGCUUUAUCUCUUUCUGUGCAUAGACCUUCUCAAUUCCUCUUUCCAUGUCCACAAUGCUGCACAAAUUGGAACAGAAACAAUCCAUCUUUCUUUUUCUCAGAUAGAGAUAAGCGUUCUCUCACUUGCUUUUCUUCCAAGAAAAAAAUAGGUUUCAUGGACCAAAUUCUUGAUUAUAUUGAAGGCGGUCCAAAGUUACGGAAAUGGUAUGGGGCAACUGAACUCCUCCCAAAAGAUGGAUCCCUUUCAGAAGAAACUGAGUCUUCUGCAGAAGAAGAUGAAGUCAGGGAUGCAGUUUUAGUUACGGAUGGAGAUAAUGAGAUUGGUCAGAUGGUUAUAUUGUCUUUGAUAAUCAAACGAACUCGGAUCAAAGCUCUGGUAAAAGAUAAGCGGGCUGCAAUGGAAGCUUUUGGUACUUAUGUUGAGCCAAUAGCAGGUGAUGCAAGGGACAGGUCAUUGCUAAAGAAGGCUCUAAGUGGUGUUCGUGCAGUGAUAUGCCCAACUGAAGGUUUUAUAUCAAAUAUAGAGAGUUGGAAAGGUUUACAACAUGUGAUCCUAUUAUCUCAGCUGUCUGUUUAUAGAGGUUCUAGUGGGGUUCAAGCAAUUGUUACUGCCAAUGCAAGAAAACUGGCAGAACAAGAUGAGUCACUGGUUAUGGCUUCGGGAAUCCCUUACACCAUUAUCAGAACUGGCUCAUUGGUAAAUGCUCCGGGUGGAAAUCAAGGUUUCAACUUUAAAGAGGGCUGUGCAUCACAAGGAAAGCUGAGCAAGGAGGACGCUGCUUUCAUCUGUGUAGAGGCCCUUGACACGGUGCCACAGAAAGGACUGAUAUUUGAGGUGGUCAAUGGUGAGGACAAGGUCAUGGAUUGGAAAGAGUGCUUUGCAGCCUUGAUAGAGAAAUCAGAACUGUAAUUUCUUUCUAUCCAAAAUUGGUACAUUCUUUUUUCUCGAUUACACUAAAAUGUACACAUCAACAGUGUGUGAGAGAACUUCAUCAUCAUAUAAUUAAGCCAAAAAAUUUCAAGCGAA